AUGGAACAUAUCAAAAGAAAAACAGUCGCUAACAUAAAAUAUAACAGCUAUUCGGAUGAUGAAAAUAUUUUAAAAAAAAAGUCAACCUUUUCAUUUAAAAAAGGGUUAGACAACAUAACAUCCAAACGAAAAAAUGUUAAUCUUGAUAUGAAUGAUAAGAAAAAAAACUUUAAUCAAAACACUAUUAAAUUAAAAAUUCCCUUUGAAAAAAGAGAAAACGAUGUUACAGAUAGGAAGAAAGGAAACAACAAAAUAAGGUUUGCUCAAUCAACAGAAUAUGAAGAAAUGCCUAUUAUAAAAAAAAAAAGUAAUAUAGAAAGGGAUGUUUAUAGUAACGUGAGAAAGGGAAAAUCUAAUAUUUUUUAUUAUAAAAAGAGUGUAUCAUCUAGGAGUAUGGAAAAUGAAGAUGAUGAAAAUGAUGAGGAAAAUGAAGAUGGUGAAGAUGAUGAAGAUGAUGAGGAUGAUGAGGAUGAUGACAAUCAUGAUAAUCAUGAUAAUCAUUAUGAGAAUUAUAAUGAUCAAACACUUAAUAAUGAUAUCAAUAAAAAGCAGAAUAAUUCCCCCCAAAAUGUAUACAUUCAGAAUAAUAAGAAAUCCUGCCUCAACCACAAAAAAUCUAUAACAUUAAAUAAGACAGAAAAUUCUUUUCAAAGAAUGGAUACCAAUAACCCGAUGAAGGAUAAUUACAAAUAUAUGAAGAGCAAAUUAAAAAAAAACUUCACAUUACAUGCAGAUAAAGUUAAAGAGAAUAACCCAAAAAAAUCAGUCAGCAUGAGAAUAGAUAAGAAUAUAAUUUAUUCCAAAACACCUUCAUAUAAUAAAAAUCGAAAAGAAAAUAUGAUUAAGGCCAAAUCACAAAUAUUAAAAAUAGCAGAACAGUAUAUGAGUACGGAUAAAAUAAAAGCAUUUAAAACAAUCGAAAGAGGAAACACUCGAUUUCUAAAUAAAAAUAAAAAAAUUGACCCAGAGAAAAUACAGAAUCUUGGUCCAUUUGUUCCAAAAAGGAUAAUAGAAAAGAAAACCGAAAGAAAACUUGGAUAUAUUCCAAAUUAUAUAAGAAAAGGAAAAAAAAAUGAACAUAAAUCUGAUAAUGCAAAUAUAUUAUUUUCAAAAGAUAAAAACAACAAAAUAACAAUUCAAAAAAAAAAAAAAAAAAAUGAUGGAUUUGGAUUAUUUGAAAAUAUGUUAGUAUUAAAUAAUUUAGGUACAAUAUAUGAAUGGGAUGGUUAUCAAAUGAAUAAAAUUAAACAUUUGUAUGAACAGUUCAUAUGCUUAUGUACUAAUGAAAAAGGUAAUAUAUUAUGUAUCGAUUUAAACUACAAGCCUGGAUAUUUGAUGUACAACCGAUAUUUCAACAGAAUGGAUGACAAUACAGAAUUUUCAUUGUUUAAGAAAAUGGUAAUUAGUGUUAAGAAUAAAAUAUGGGGAAUUGAUAUACAAGGGAAUUUAAAAAGAUGGAAUAAAUAUGAAUGGAUUAAAGUAAAAAAGGCAUAUGGUAUUUUUAAGUUAAAAUCUCUAGCCUUUGAUCGAAAAAAUAGGCUUUGGGUUUUAGAUGAGCAAAAUUAUUUUUAUAUAUAUGAUACGGAAGAUAAAAAUUGGAUGUUGAAAAAUGUAAACGGAUGUAACAUAAAUGACUUUGACUUUAAUGAAAAUGAUAAUUUGACAGCUGUGACAAAGGAUGGAAUAAUUAAGAUAUAUAAAAAGAAUAGAUGGAUAAAAUAUGGAAUCUUGGGGGAAGUCAAAAUAAGAAGUUUACAUUUUAUAAGGCAACAUACAUAA